GAAAGGACUAUUCACCCCCCCUCUAGUCCGCCAUCUCGACCCUUUACAUGGCUGGUCUGAUACUAGCUUCAAUGAGCUGUUAAGUUAUCUUGCUACCACGUACCCGAUGGGUAACAAGGUCCCCGCAAAUACCUACCGUGCGAAGAAGUUGAUUCGUCCAGUUGCGAUGAAACUUAGAAAGUUUGAUGCCUGCCCCAACCACUGCAUCCUGUAUCGAGGCAAGGAGAAUGAGAAUAUGACGAGCUGUCCGCACUGCGGCGCCAGUCGCUACAAGAGGAAUGCUGGAUGUCGUGUGGACAAAGACGACGAUGUGGCCUUACGGGGUGGUCCGAAGAGGAAGAAGGGGGCCAAGAAUAGCAGUGCCGCAGCCAAUCGCAUCUCAUCUCAGCAGGAUGAGGAAGAAGAGGGUUACACGAGGAGGAAAAGUCCAGCACUAUCGUUGUGGUACCUGCCUGUGACCGACCGCUUGCGUGCACUAUUCGGGAACCCAGAGGAUGCCAAGCUCAUGUCCUGGCAUGCAUCAGCUGACCGCAAGAAGGAUGAUGGCAUGCUGCGGCACCCAUCCGAUGGCCAACAGUGGAAAGAUUUUGACAAGGCAUACCCGAAAUUUGGUAAGGAUCCUAGGAACGUUCGGCUCGCGCUGAGUACUGACGGGAUGAACCCUUUUGGUGAGCUUAGCAGCUCGCACAGCACCUGGCCGGUUGUACUCACCGUCUACAACCUACCUUCCCAUCUGUGUCAAAGGCGAAAGUAUCUUAUGCUGACCAUGCUUAUCUCAGGACCGAAGCAGCCUGGUAACGAUAUCGAUGUCUUCCUAGAGCCGUUGAUGGAAGAAAUGCAGGAGUUAUUUGAUGUUGGGGUAGAGAUGAUUGAUGCAUCCCGCAAAGAGAAGUUCACCCUAAAAGCCAUCAUCAUUGUAACCAUCACCGAUUACCCCGGUCUGUUCUCACUAUCAGGGCAGAUCAAAGGGAAGACCGGCUGCGUAGUGUGCAUCGACGGGACCUGCUACACUUAUCUCCAGGGAUCUCACAAGAUGGUGUACAUGAGGCAUAGACGGUUCCUCGUCAAGAAGCACAGGUACAGAAGAAGAGAUGGUGAAGGAUAUGGAUCACAUAGAGUUUGGCAAGAAGAAGAAGAAGGUACCAGAAGAAGAGGGGACAAAACAGACAAGGAAGCGAAAGCGAGACACGAAGGAGGACGCCACACCGCCUGUCCCUUUCAAGAAGAAAUUGAUUUUCUUCAAGUACCUGUCAUACUGGAAAACCCUGAAAACACCCCAUGCCAUUGACUGCAUGCACCUCAAGAAGAACGUCUUUGAUAGCACCAUCGGUGUCCUAUUGGACAUCAAGAGCAAGACGAAGGAUGGCCUCAAGUCACGGUUGGAUCUUGUGAACCAGGGCAUCAGGAAGGACCUUCACCCGGGUCCGACUCAUAACGGCAAAGUCGAUCUACCAGGUGCGUCUUACAACCUAAGGCAUGAUGAGAAGAUUGCUAUGCUCAAGUUGUUGAGGGGUAUCAAGGUGCCGACCGGUUUCUCUUCCAACAUCAAGAGUCUGGUGUCCAUGAAAGACCUCACACUAGCCGGCUACAACUCACAUGACUGUCACGUCAUGCUGACGGUGUUCCUUCCAAUCGUGAUUAGGGCUAUCGGUCCAGAAUACGUGAAGAUGGCGGUCACUCGGAUGUCAUACUUCUUUAACCGUAUCACCCAGAAGGUCAUCGGUAAGGCUGAUCUGCCUGCCCUAAAGGAGUUCAUUGCAGAGACCCUCUGCCAGCUCGAGAUGUGCUUUCCCCCGUCUUACUUUGAUAUUAUGCCACACCUGAUGAUGCACAUGGUUGAUCAGAUCGAGCAACUUGGCCCCGUGUACCUACACCAGAUGUGGACGUACGAGCGGUUCAUGUCCACCCUCAGCAGAUACGUCCAUAACCGUGCUUACCCAGAAGGCUCCAUGAUCGAGGCAUACACAACU